CUGUUGUCUGCGGCCUAUAAAAGAGGCACAUUUAGAGCGCGUUGCUUUCCGAAGUGAGCUCAGUGUUAAUUCGAUAGCAAAGUUGGCUAGUUGUGUGAGCGUACCCCGACCGAUCCGAUCCGAACCGAGCCAUUGCCACAGCCACAACCAGUUACGCCGCCCAGUCAAAGACAGGCAACUCGACUCGAGAGCCAACUCAAAGCUGUUCAUCCCUCGUAAGAAUACACUUUCGGACUUGGAGUAUUUACAGCCAUCAAUUAAUAAAAAUUAGUAUCCACAUAUAUACAUAUAUACCCUCUGGAACGUACUCCGCAACUUCAUCAGAUAACCUGUUACAAAAAUCAUGUGCGGAAUUUUUGCGUACCUUAAUUACUUGACGCCCAAGUCCCGCCUGGAGGUCCUGGAUCUGCUGGUCACGGGCUUGAAGCGUCUGGAGUACCGUGGAUAUGACUCGACAGGCGUUGCCAUCGAUUCACCGGACAGCAAGAAUAUUGUGAUGGUUAAACGCACGGGCAAGGUUAAGGUUCUGGAGGAUGCCAUUCUAGAGCACUUCAGCGGUGGCGAGUACAGUGAGCCGGUGAUGACCCACAUCGGAAUCGCGCACACCCGCUGGGCCACGCACGGCGUGCCUUGUGAGCGAAACUCGCAUCCGCACCGGUCAGACGAGGGAAACGGAUUCGUCGUGGUCCACAACGGCAUCAUCACCAACUACAACGACGUGAAGACCUUCCUGGCCAAGCGUGGCUACGAGUUUGAGUCCGACACCGACACGGAGGUGUUCGCCAAGCUGGUGCACCACCUGUGGAAGACGCAUCCCACCUACUCGUUCCGUGAGCUGGUCGAGCAGGCUAUUCUGCAAGUGGAAGGUGCCUUUGCCAUUGCCGUGAAGUCCAAACACUUCCCCGGAGAGUGUGUGGCCUCGCGCAGGAGCUCCCCCCUGCUGGUGGGCAUCAAGACAAAGACUCGUCUGGCCACGGAUCAUAUUCCCAUUCUAUAUGGCAAAGAUGACAAGAAGCUGACCUCCGAUCAAGACCCCGACUCCGGCAAGCCCCAAGAUAUUCGUCCUCAUGGACAAACUCGUGAAUUGCCAGUGUUGCCGCGCUCAGACAGCACCUCAGAGUUCAUGCCGCUGGAGGAGAAGGAGGUGGAAUAUUUCUUUGCCUCGGAUGCUUCAGCCGUGAUUGAGCACACCAACCGGGUCAUCUAUCUGGAGGACGACGAUGUAGCCGCAGUUCGUGACGGUACAUUGAGCAUCCAUCGUCUAAAGAAGAGCCUGGAUGAUCCGCACGCACGUGAAAUUACCACCUUGAAAAUGGAGAUUCAGCAGAUCAUGAAAGGAAACUAUGACUACUUCAUGCAGAAGGAGAUCUUCGAGCAGCCGGACUCAGUGGUCAACACAAUGCGAGGUCGCGUCCGCUUCGAUGGCAACGCAAUUGUGCUGGGCGGCAUUAAGGACUAUAUUCCGGAAAUCAAGCGCUGUCGUCGCCUUAUGCUGAUCGGAUGUGGAACAUCGUACCACAGUGCAGUGGCCACCCGACAGCUGCUUGAGGAGCUGACCGAGCUUCCUGUCAUGGUGGAGCUUGCCUCCGACUUCCUGGACCGCAACACGCCCAUUUUCCGCGACGAUGUGUGCUUUUUCAUCUCGCAGUCCGGCGAGACAGCUGACACUCUGAUGGCGCUGCGGUACUGCAAGCAGCGAGGAGCUUUGAUCGUCGGCAUCACGAACACAGUGGGCAGCAGCAUUUGUCGCGAAUCACACUGCGGCGUGCACAUCAAUGCCGGUCCAGAAAUCGGCGUGGCCUCGACAAAGGCCUACACCUCGCAGUUCAUUUCGCUGGUGAUGUUCGCGCUGGUCAUGUCCGAGGAUCGGCUAUCGCUGCAACAGCGUCGCCUCGAGAUCUUGCAAGCGUUGUCCAAUCUCGCAGACCAGAUCCGAGAGGUGCUCAAGCUCGACUCCAAGGUUCAAGAACUGGCCAAGGAUCUCUACCAGCACAAGUCCCUGCUGAUCAUGGGCCGCGGCUACAAUUUCGCUACCUGCCUAGAGGGCGCUCUGAAAGUGAAGGAACUUACUUACAUGCACAGUGAGGGCAUCAUGGCCGGAGAGUUGAAGCACGGUCCCCUAGCUCUGGUCGACGGCUCCAUGCCAGUCCUGAUGAUCGUGCUGCGCGAUCCUGUGUACGUCAAGUGCAUGAACGCUUUGCAGCAGGUCACCUCUCGCAAGGGCUGCCCGGUGAUCAUCUGCGAAGAGGGCGAUGAGGAGACAAAGGCCUUUUCUUCCCGCCACUUGGAAAUUCCCCGCACUGUCGACUGCCUCCAAGGCAUCCUCACCGUCAUUCCCAUGCAACUGCUCUCAUAUCACAUUGCCGUUCUGCGGGGAUGCGACGUCGACUGUCCUAGAAACUUGGCCAAGUCUGUGACGGUGGAAUAAUAACCAUUCAUGGGAUCACGAUCACCCAAUAUACUUCAACAACUUGUGCGCCCCUUUGCCAGGCGACCAUUUGGACUCCUACCAUAAUAAUCUCCACACAUAUUGGCAUAGACAUUCAUGCGAGUAUCGCGUCGUUGCACACACCAUUUGUACUACAUCUCAAACACUUUUACACAUACAAUUGUACUCAUCGAGAUACAGACCAUCAGACAAUCAUUAAAUUGAAAUUUUUCGUUAA